AUGGGGCCCCCUACUGACCCCGGGCCCUCGGGCAGUGCCCGAGUUUCCAAAUGGUCAGUCUGCCCCUGGUGCCACCUGUCAGUGUCCAUCAGUGCCAGCGUUCAGAGCUCAUCCAUGCCCCCUGCCAGUGCCCAUCAAUGCCACAUAUCAGUGCCUAUCUGAGCUGCCUUUCAGUGUCACCCAUCAGUGCCAGUCAGUGCCACCUAUCAAUGCCAGUCAGUGCCACUUAUCAGUGCUGCCAAUCAGUGCCACAUAUCAGUGCCAGUCAGUGCCGCCUAUCAGUGUGCAUCAGUGCCGCCUAUUGGUGCCCAUCAGUGCUGCCUAUCAGUGCCGCCUAACAGUGCCAGUCAGUGCCACCUAACAGUGCCAGUCAGUGCCGCCUAUCAGUGCUGGUCAGUGCCACCUAUCAGUGCCACCUAUCAGUGCCAUAUAUGAGUGCUGCUUUUCAGUGCCCAUCAGUGAUGCCUGUCAAUGCCCAUCAGUGCCACUUACCAGUGCCUCCUCAUCAGUGCCCAUCAGCGCCACCUAUCAGUGUCCAUCAGUGCAGCCUAUCAGUGCCCAUCACUACAGCCUCAUUAGCGCACAUCAGUGAAGGAGAAAAAUCACUUAUUUACAAAAUUUUAUAAACAAAAACUAAGAAAAAACUUUUUUUUUUUUAAAUUUUCAGUGGUUUUUGGUUUGUUUAAGAAAAAAUAA